AUGGGUGCUGUUUAAGCUUAUGUGAAUUGCAAUACUGAAAUGACUUUUACCUCUGAUUUAAAUGCUUAAAUUUAAUGCUGUGGAACCAUAUCUCAUCCAGCAUUUGGCAAUAUCCAGUUGUGGAAAAUGAAGAAUAAAACAACUAUUGAGAUCUUUUCUCUUACAAGACAUGUUUACUAUUAAGAUUCCAUGUUAUUGACAAUUCAUUAGUAGAGAACUUAAUUAAAACAUCCGAAUUUAUUACAAUAUUAUGCUUGCACUUAAAAUUCUCCUUCUUUUUGUGGAAAUGUUGAAACCUAGCAAUUCUACUUUGAAUACAUUUCUUAGACACUUUCUUAGUACUUGUGUGCAAGAUCAGAACCAUUCAGAGAAAUAGAAGUUUGGAAAUCACUAGAACAACUAAUUAGUGUUCUGUAGUAUUUAUAGUAAAAUGGAUAUUCUCAUGGUAAAAUUACUUCAGAUAAUAUCAUGAUCACUUAAGAUUAGACAUUGAAGACUUUAGAUUAAAUUACAAUUUAAUCAAGUUCUUAAUAAAUUAAAUAGGAUGUAUAUGAUCUAGCAUAAGUAAUGGUUGAGCUAAUGACAAAGAAAAAAUUCCAUCUGAGUCUAAAAGAAACAGUAAUUUCAUUAGUAGGUGAAUAUUCUUAAUAGCUACUAUAAUUAUUGGCUAGAAUGCUUAAUAAUACCCCAGAGAAAAGACCAGAUUUCAUAGAAUUAUCUUAGAUACUGAUAAAGAGAUAAUAUAGAUCAACUAGCACCGAAAAAGAAGUGCCAUAAUAGACUAAACUAAUUAGAUUCUAGGACCCAAAACAUGUUAUGACUUAAAGAAUAAAUAAACUAUAGACUCAGAAUGUCUAUUCUAGAUCACCAUCACCUUAAAAAAUAAUAAGCUAUUCGCCAUAAAGAUUGUCUCCAUACAAGGUUUCACCAUAAAGAGUAAGAGUACUUUCACCAAUUAAAACGAAUCAAAUCUACUCUGCAGUUAAUCAAUUCAGCGGGAUUUACAGAACUGCAAGUCCAGUUAAAGGUAAUAUAACUGGCUCAUAAGCAUCAACUGUGGGUAGCUAUGGUGUUUCAAUGGUUGAUGCUUAUAAAACCUAAUUUGCCUUCUAUACUCAAAGGGGUAGUAGACCAAAUAAAAUCUUGAUCCCUCAACACAAAAGUGAUGUUAAAAGGAAGCUUUUCAAAGAUGAUUUAAAUUAGACUUCUUCUAGCCAACCUCCGAUUGAGAUUGUAUAAUGA